CUCUCCUCUCUCUCUCUCUCUCUCUCUCUCUCUCUCUCUCUCGCUCGUAUCCGAGAAUCCAUUCGUAACCCUAAAAGCUAAGGUUUUCCCAGCUUUCGCACUCGAAUUUUGCUCAAGCAGCUUCGAAUUUUGUCGCUGGGAUGAUCUCUUAAGCGUUACCCUCGAAUGAUCUUCUUUUCCAUAUGUUUUUUUCUGGAGACGCCGCGGUGUUCCAAAGUCGAGCUGAUGAAAGGUCGUUUCUCCUGAUUUUCGACUGAGAUAAGGAAGUAUCAUCUGUUCGGGCUGCAGUAUUAUUUUUGUUUGGUAAGAUGGACGAGAGUAUCAUGGGAGCAUGUAACAGUGGAAGAAGUGAGCCAACUCUUGUUGCCAAUUCUACAAUAUCACUCACUGAAUUGAGAUCCAGUGAGCAUGUUACUGAGAACGAUAAACAAGAUGGAGGAAGGUGUACUCACUUCUCAAUUCGUGGAUAUGUUGCUGAAGUUCGUAGAAAAGACAGGAAGAUUUGUUGGCCAUUUCCAACAGUUGGUGACCAAACAGAAAUGCUUCCUCCUUUGCAAGUUCCUGAAUUCAGAUGGUGGCGUUGCCAAAAGUGUCUGCAGAAAUAUGAUGCUAAAAAUGCUCCAACAGAAAAUGGAAUGCUUACCAGUUUUUGCAAUACUGAAACAGGAGUUGGUCCAUGCUGCACUGGAGAAAAAAUUACAAGAGAAGGCAAACUUACUAUUACUUUCAAGAUAGACAAGCAUGAGAACAAUUUAUCUUCCACAGAAACUGCAACUGCUCAUGAGAAGAAUGAUUCUGAAGCUGCUACUCUCAAAUCAAAGAGUGAUGAAUUUCAUGAGCCAGGCUAUAAAAGGAAUCAAGUUAUUAAUGUUGGAUUUGAUGUCAGAAACUGUAAAUACACGAGCAAGGAUUCCAAAGAAAUCUGUAACAAAGGAAUGCCAGAAUUAUGCAGCAUCAACUUAACUAAGAUGAACAAACAAUAUGGGGACACGAUAAGAGAUUGUGGAACAUCCAAAGUAGUAGAUUUGGACAGUAAGAAAAAUGAGGCUCCAAAUUCUGCCAUAGGUCAGACUGAAAAACUUAAUCCUUUGGAACUGGGUGAGAGUGACUAUGAGUACUCUGAAAAUGAUGAGAACUUACCUGGAAAUACCGGGGGUAGAGGUGGAAUUUUGCAGAGAUGCAAAACAAGAAAGGUGCGCUUGUUAACUGACAUAAUAAGAAGUGAGGUGUUGGCUACAUCAAAUAAAAUUUGUAGCUCCAAGAGAAAUGCAAGAAUUGAUGACAACAAGGCAGAAGGUUUGCAGUAUAAAGCAACAACAGAUGCAUCUUCUGAGGCAGCUCUACUUCCUGGAAUCAAAAACCAAGCUGCAUUCCAAAGAAAUGAUAUAAAGGAUGUGCUGGGUAAGAAAAAGAAAAGGAAGAUGCCUUCAGAUGAAGAUAUGGAUCCUUCCAGAAUGAUCUGGCCCAAGGCUACUCGUCAAAAUGUGAGGAUCUUUCAAGGAAAUGCAGAAAUUAAACAUAUUGAUACUGCAUUUGGUAAUUCUGAAAUGGUAUCCGAUGCAUCCAUCAGGAUGGAUUCAUAUCCUGAUUCAAAGGUUUAUUUGCCCAAAUAUAGAAAUGACAAAAAUAUUAUGUUGGAUAAGAAGAAAAAUAAGAUGCCUAAAGGAAAACAGAGGCAGCCUUCUUUGGCACCUUGGGAUGUGAAUGUUCAGAGGGAAUUUCAGAUUAUGAGGGAUCUAGGUUUCAAGUGCGGUGGGACUGAAACUUUUUCCCCUAAAUCAGCAGAAGAUGCAUUUUCUGAGAGAGAUGUGAUGGCUGGUGAAUCUGGCCUCCAAAAUUAUGUGGCUCCACAAAACAAUGGUGGAAAACAUAUUUCAAAUAAGAAUAAAAAUAAGAUGUCUCCAAUUGAUGGAAUUUCUAGGAAUGAUGCAACUGUUCCUUUUAAAUCUUCCCAAGGUGUACUUGCUACAAGAGGUGGACAUUGCAGUAUCAAUAGUGACAUAGCAAUCCAUAAAAAGGCUAUUGUGAGUAAGAAGCAUGAUAAUGCACCUUUUCUUGAAGAUGGGGGCCCUUUCAAAACAUGCCAGUCAAGGGAAACAUCCAAUACUUGCAAUUAUGAGAAUGCCACUGAGGUUCAAAGGCUUCCAAACCUUCCAAUGAGUGAGUGUGAUCAAAAGGCUGACAAAAUGAAUGAACAGACAACUUUAGAUGACAUUCCCAUGGAAAUUGUUGAACUCAUGGCAAGAAAUCAGUACGAGAGACGUCUCUUUUAUGCCAAGGAUGCUGCUGAAGCUCCUGAGCAUGUGGCAUUGACAUUACUGUGUAAUAAGAGUUUUCUCAUGCAAAGCCAAUCUAGCAAUGCAGGGAGUGACACAUAUUCCAGAAGUGUUGAACCAACAAAAUCUGAUGGCUACUCUCCUCAUGUCAAUAGAUACAACACUAUCCAUUUAGAUAUCAGACAACCAGAAAAUGCUUGUGCCUCUAUGAGGUUUACUGCAUUCGCAGAGUGUCAAGAGAAGCUAUCAAGUGGAUACCAAUAUCCUUUAAUUGGUUCUGGGAGAAACUGUCAUACUCAAAAUUGCAACUGGAGUCAGAACAUACUGGGGAAGAGGUGUCUUGGGUCUUGUUUUCAGCCAAUAAAAGCACAUGGUAUGUCUCAAAGCUAUUUCCCACAAUAUUCAUGCAAGGAACAACACCAUGCUUGGUCCUCUGUAACACCAAAUAACACUUCUUUUGGAAUUAAUAGUCCUCAGGAAUUUCUCACUGAAUCAAGUAACUUAAACAUGGUUUCUCAGUAUGUGGGGUCACUAUCCAAAGGAAAUUUGAACAGGAAUCAUGGCCUGAAUCUGAUAGAUCAAAAUGCUACCCAUCUUCAAAGGCAGAAAGGGGGCUCUGAUACGGGGAUAAGGAAGAGGUCACAUCUUGCUUGCACAGAGAAGGGAAAUGAGUAUCAUUCAAAAAUGAUAAGGCCAUUGGACCUAUAUACUAAUGAAACAAUAUCAGCAAUGCACUUGCUCAGACUUAUGGAUUCUGGGGCAUGUUCAAAUACAACUGUUAAUAUAGAUGGCAACCUAGAGAAGUUCCCUGAAAGGCCAUUCAUUCCCCAUGAUCAUCUUGACAAGGAAUUGUCUAGGGUAGAAGUUGGGAUAUCCAAGAGAAAUGAGGCUUCAAUUCACGAACCUUCAUAUGAUUACUUCAACAAAAGUAACUAUUCAGAUAAAUUCUGUGAACAUUUUUGUCCUGCUUACAUGGUGGAUAAAUAUAGAGAUUCUAGGACUCCUGAGUCAACAGAUGGAAUUGUGACUAAAACUCCAUCUCACUCCUUUAAAGUUAAAGAUAAGAAGGGAAAAAGUCCUUUCUCUCCAGCAGAAACAAGAAGCCUGAGAUCACAGAGAUGCUCCUCCAGAGAUGAUAUAUCUAGAAAAAUACAUGGAUGUGUUCCUGCCAGUGAUCUGUCAAAAGGGUUCUUAUCUUCAGAUUCUAUGCAAUUUCAUGUACAUUCUCAGGUUGUAGAAGGUUCAACUAGGCAUGUUGAACUAGAGGUCAACAAGAACGAUAAACCUAUUUCACCUGUGGAAACCAUUUUCCAAAUCGGUAUUUGUACCAUUAAUAGAAACCCAGCUGAUUUUACUGUACCUGAAGCAGGAAAUAUUUACAUGAUUGAAGGCAGAAAUCUACCUUGUAGAAAAAUAGCAUCUGGGGAUAGAGCCAACCUGAUUACUCUGAAUGGGCAGAAGAGACAGAGAAUGGUGAAGCUCAAGGCUAUGCCGGAUCAUGUACACCGUUGAAGUUCAUGAAAAUGCAGAGAUGCCACAGUAGUAUUGCUGUGUCCAUAUGAACAUCUAUUGACUGAGAAUUACAUCUGUCGACCAACUCUGGUUAGCACUACAUGGCAUCAGAAUUGUAGUAGAUAGAAAUCCCUUAUUUUCCACUUCAGGGGCUUUCUUUUGAUCCUUUGUCAAUAUGAGUCAUCUAAAUGUUAUUGCCAACUCUAUAAGAGGAUGGGUAUCAAAAUACAACUUUUUAUCACACAUACAACAUAUGUAUCACACUUGGAUCAUGCGUUCUGAUUCUUAAAUUCUUGAUUCAUGGAGAUAUUGCAGGUCCCUAGCUGCAAAAGGCAAGUUGUGGCAAAGAAGGUAGGAUGAAACCUCAACAGUUCUCAUUGGUUAUAAUGUCUCUUGGAUGGUUCUUCAGUGUUCUGAUCAAUUCUGGUUGUCGUUAGUAGGAUCUCCUGAUGUUGCCUGCCCCACUGAUCGCACAGGGAUCAGCUACUUUAGAACCCAUGGUGUGAUAUUCUCUAGUCCAAAUAAACACUUAUAUUUGUAUAUUUAUGCUACCCUUUCCUCGUCCAAGUACAACUCUGCAAAGGUGAUUUUAGUUGUAUCUUUUCUAGUGUCAAAACUUCAUUAUAGUUGCCAACUCAACAGAGGAACAGAAGUUGCAAGUAGAUUGUAAAUAUGGAGUCUUUGGAUGAGUUGGAAAUAAUGCCGUGUAAGCAUAACUAGAAAAUUGGUUUUAAAGUGAAAUGUAAAUUGAAUAAUA